CCCGUUAAAGAAAAGAUCUGUUUGUAGUACUCUUAGUCCUGAUGUCACAGGCACAGCAAGGACAUCAGAAGGAGGAGUCAGAUUACAGUAAGAAUGGGCAGUGCAGCAUGCAGCCAGAGUAAAUGCUAAAUCAGACAGGGAUUGUAUCAGGGAUAAGACUGCCUGCAAAGCGCUCAUCCUGAGGAGGCACACUGCUCGCUCACGCUUCUUAUGCUGGGAAAUUUCCACAUAAUGUAGAAUGAAAGAGCUCUGUUUUACAUGUCAGCCCUGUGCGGGAGCUAAUGCUGAAUACACAGCAGUGGGAUCCUGACUACGUGAUUAAUGAGAAACAUAAUGUAUUUUGUUACUGGACCUAACAUGCUGAGAGACUUCCAUGGCUCCCAGUAAAGUAAGAGUUUCAACUGUGCUGGAAAUAUUAAAUCAGACCUAGCCUAAUUAAGUUCCUAGGACAAAGACUAUAUUGUUGUAAGGUGCCUUGAUACAAGACCAGAAUGUACCUAGGCUGACUGAAGAGCAGGCCAUGAAAGGUGGUACAUGCCAGAGCCCUGCUCUUCCAGCCUUAGUGCGUCCUCCUGCUCCACCCUUGCAGCCGUCGCUGGAUAUUAAACCAUUUCUUCCGUUUCCUCUGGAUACUGCAGCAGCAGUCAAUCUCUUCCCCAACUUCAAUGCAUUGUCCUGUCCCAUAACAGAACUGCUUGUGCUUGCAGCUUCUCCUGAGAACUGCCAGAUGGACCCAAUUCAAAAAGCUGUAAUAAAUCAUACAUUUGGGGUUCCUCUUCCUCAUCGAAGAAAGCAAAUCAUAUCAUGCAACAUUUGCCAGCUGAGAUUUAAUUCGGAUAGCCAGGCUGCGGCCCACUACAAAGGCACUAAACAUGCCAAGAAGCUCAAAGCACUGGAAGCCAUGAAAAAUAAGCAGAAAUCUGUUACUACCAAGGACAGCGCAAAGACUACCUUCACUUCCAUCACUACCAAUACCAUCAAUACCAGCUCUGACAAAACAGGCAUUGGAGAAAAGCUAUUGCCUGAUAAAGACGUUACCACAGGGACACCAGCAAUAUCAACGACGACAACCUUGGAAAUCCGGAAGAGCAGUGUUAUGACAACUGAGAUCACCUCUAAAGUGGAGAAAAUCCCCACGACAGCCACUAGCAGCACCACAUGUCCUUCCGUUGAGACUGAGGAAGAAAAAGCAAAAAGACUGCUGUACUGUUCACUAUGCAAAGUCGCUGUCAACUCUGCCUCACAGCUGGAGGCGCACAACAGUGGGACUAAGCACAAAACUAUGCUGGAAGCUCGGAAUGGAAGUGGAACCAUAAAAGCCUUUCCCCGGGCAGGCGUAAAAGGCAAAGGACCUGUGAAUAAAGGAAACACAGGCCUUCAGAACAAAACAUUUCACUGUGAAAUAUGUGAUGUGCACGUAAACUCUGAGACACAACUGAAACAGCACAUAAGCAGUAGAAGGCACAAAGACAGAGCUGCUGGGAAGCCGCCUAAACCUAAAUACAGCCCGUACAACAAACUCCAGAAGGGAACGCAUCCUCUAGGGGUAAAAUUAGUAUUUUCAAAGGAACCUUCAAAGCCGAUAGCUCCACGAAUCUUACCAAAUCCGCUAGCAGCUGCAGCAGCAGCUGCUGCUGUGGCUGUGAAUUCCCCCUUCAGUCUUCGAACAGCCCCAGCCGCUACCCUUUUCCAGACUUCAGCACUUCCUCCAGCACUCCUACGACCAGCUCCAGGGCCUAUACGGACCACCCAUACUCCCGUGCUGUUUGCUCCUUACUGAACUCCAAACAGGAAUUAACUGCAAUAAUUUUUCAAAUCAAAACAAACAAAAAAGAAAAUCAAGAACAUUGAACUAUGCAGUGUUUAUUUAUAGUUUAAAGUAUAUAUGAAGAGCCAGGACUUUUGAUAGAGGACUCAACAAAUUCUAAAAGGGGGAAUGGGCAGUAUUUUCUCCAGAUGAGAGCAUUCCUCUUCUGAGCAUUGAUCGUUUUAGAAAUGAUCUCCAGCAUUGACUUGUAGUGACAUAUAAAACUUAUGAAGCCUUUUGACUGUGCUUUUUGGCACAUAUUUCCCUGCAAUGUCUUUCCUGCUUUAUGAAACAACUUACAAAUUUGUCUAAAGGGCAUUAACUGGUUCCAAUGUACAUAAAAUACUUUAUUCUGUAGAUUAAAGAAGAAGGAAAAAAAAAAAAAAAAAACAAACACUGUGAAUAGUAGUACCCUUACCAAUCCUCCUGCCAAAUCAGCAGUUACUGGGUAUUUAUCUGAAAAAAAAAGUAGAUACAAUAGAUGUCUUGUAAAACAGUAGUAUUGUGUCUCUAUCUAUGCCACUAGGUUUCUAACUGAGUUG